UACGGUACAGUCGGGGAGGCAGACUCAGUGACUUCAGGCAAGGAGUAGGAAAUGUGUGACAUUUUUGUUUGUAGCGUCAUGAAUCAGUGCAUUGUGCAGGUAUGAGGUCCCACCUGUUGGUGCCUCUUCUUCUCUCCCUGCUCCUGGCAGCAGGGCGUGAUGUCACAGGGGAGGGGGUGGACAGGAAGCCCAACUUUGUUCUGAUGAUGGUGGACGACCUGGGUAUCGGUGAUGUAGGAUGCUAUGGUAAUGAUACCAUCAGGACUCCUAACAUAGACAGACUGGCCUCUGAAGGAGUGAAGCUGACUCAACACAUUGCAGCUGCUCCUCUCUGCACCCCGAGCCGGGCAGCUUUCGUGACAGGGCGCUAUGCUGUCCGCUCAGGGAUGGGUAGCAUAGGCCGUGUGCAGGUGCUUCUGUUCCUUGGAGGUUCGGGGGGGCUGCCAUCCAGUGAGACCACCUUUGCUAAGAGGCUGCAGCAACAAGGAUACACCACCGGCUUAGUUGGUAAGUGGCACUUGGGUGUGAACUGUGAACGCAGAGGGGACCACUGUCACCACCCGAACCAGCAUGGCUUCAGCUACUUCUACGGCCUGCCGUUCACCCUGUUCAAUGACUGCGUACCUGGAGAGGGGAGUGACAUCCUGACAGACCUUCAGUACAUGCUCCGAAAUCUGACCAUGUUGCUUGGAGUUGGACUUUUCACGUUGGUGUGUGUCCGUGUGUGUGGCCUUUUUGAUGUCAGCUUGUGGCUCUUGGUAGCCCUUUCCUUUGUCAGUAUCCUUGGAACAGCUGUUUGGUACAUGCCCUUUAAACUCCUGCCGACUUGGAACUGCAUCAUCAUGAGGAACCAAGAAGUGAUCGAACAGCCGAUGACAGUGGAGACACUGCCCCAGAGAUUGCUGGGAGAAGCACAAAAUUUUAUCAAGAGGAAUGCUGAUCGUCCAUUCCUUCUCUUCUUCUCAUUGGCUCAUAUCCACACGCCACUUUUCAAGACUCCUGCCUUUGCUGGCAAAAGUCGCCAUGGUCGCUAUGGUGACAACAUAGAAGAAGUGGACUGGAUGAUUGGUAAAAUGGUAGAGACUGUGGAUUCCCUCGGCCUAUCCAACAACACUCUGAUGUACUUCACAUCAGACCACGGUGGACACCUAGAGGAUUCUAAUACACUGAUCGGCCAGAAAGGAGGCUGGAACAGCAUCUAUAAAGGUGGGAAGGCAAUGGGGGGCUGGGAGGGAGGGAUCAGGGUUCCUGGUAUUUUCCGUUGGCCUGGCAGACUGGCAGCUGGAAGAGUGGUGGAUGAACCCACCAGCCUCAUGGACCUGUACCCUACGGUGAAAUAUUUGGCCCAGGACACCCACCCAGACAGGCCUUUAGAUGGUUAUAACCUCAUGCCACUACUGGAGGGGAAAGUAGAACGAUCAGAGCAUGAGUUCAUGUUCCACUACUGUGGUAUCUACCUGAAUGCAGUACGCUGGCACCCACCUGGCAGUGACUCUAUCUUCAAGAUACACUUUUUCACCCCCAACUUUUCUCCCCCGGGAGCCGGCGGAUGCUAUGACACCAAGGUCUGCCAGUGUCAUGGACAUCAUGUGACGCACCACAACCCACCGCUGCUUUAUGACCUGUUCCACGACCCCUCAGAGUCACGCCCACUGACCCCUGAUACUGAGCCAAGAUUUGCCGAAAUUCUUGAGGAGACCGCCAAAGCUGUGAAGAGGCAUCAAAGUACCCUCACAGAUUCUGAUUCGCACGCCAACACACCUGCACAUGGCACUCCAAGCCAGUUGACUUGGGAGAAGAUUCUGUGGAGACCCUGGCUUCAGCCCUGCUGUGGGACCUUUCCAUUCUGUGGCUGCAAAGAAGACUCAACACAUAUUUAAGGAAAAACUCUUAAAAAUGUGAAAAAAACAGCUCAGGUUUAAUGAAGCUCCUCUCAGCAGGAAUCUGCUGCAGUAUUCCCACUUUGUUCAAGAAUAAUAUCGCUCUGUAAUGUACUUUUUGUGGUUCAGGGUGCAUUCAGGAGCUCUUAACAUUUUAAGUUCUCACAGCAUUUCCCAGAUGGAUCAUGAAAAGGUCUGGCCUACAGACUUUGUGUAAAAAGUGUCCAGCCACACUUCUUUGGCUUUCCAAAGUGUCCCCACUUGCAUUUAGAGGCUUUGUUUAAUUUAGAAGUUUUAAUUUUUUUUAAUGUAACAAGAAGAAGAAAAAGGACAAAUUAUUAUCUAAACAGUAAAUUGAAACUGAAACUAAACUUAAAUCAGAAUAAAGUAAUACAAAAUUGAAAUUAAUAUACUAUUACAAUGGCCAGUAAUUAAAUAAAGACUAAACCUUGCUGUGUUUAAUUACACUGUACAUACUCAGGGUGCAACAGAGAGCCAAAGAUAACACUUCUUUACUCAACUAAAGGGAAAGUCUGUUGUUUAACUGUAUCAUUCAUGAAGUGAAGGAUCUGUUCAAUUGGUGUUCUUAUUUGUUUGAAGGAAAAAAAUAUUAACAGAGCCUUGAGAACACAAUGCAAUAAAAUGUUUAAUUUAAAAA